GUGUGUCUGGGGCUGCUGUGUGUUCUCCUGCUGGCUGUCAUCAUAGUGCUGUGUGUCUUGUACACUGUACAAUUAGACCAGUUACAGGACAGUGUCAGGAAUCUGACAAGAGAUAGAGACCGGUUAGAAACCAGUUACAACAAUAUGAUUGCAGAGAGAGACCAGUUAGAAACCAGUUAUAAGAAUGUGAGUGCUGAGAGAGAGCAGUUAGAAAUCAGUUACAACAGCCUGAGUACGGAGAGAAACCAAUCACUCAGACAGCGAGAGGAGUUUCGGUAUGGGCUCUCUAAAAUAGUGCUGUGUGUCUGGUACACUGUACAAUUAAACCAGUUACAGGACAGUGUCAAGAAUCUGACAAGAGAGAGGGACCAGUUAGAAAUCAGUUACAACAGCCUAUGUGUAGAGAGAGACCAGUUAGAAACCAGUUAUAACAAUGUGAGUGCUGAGAGAGAGCAGUUAGAAAUCAGUGACAGCCUGAGUGUGGAGAGAGAGCGAUCACUCAGACAGCGAGAGGAGUUUCGGUAUGGGCUCUCUAAAAUAGGUAAAGACAUUCUGCAGAGAUGGUUUUACUUCAGUUCCAGUCUGUACUACAUCUCUACUGAAACAAAGAACUGGAGUGAAAGCAGACAGGACUGUAUAAAGAGAGGGGCUGAUUUGGUGAUAAUAAACAACAAAGAGGAACAGGAGUUUGUUAAUAGACUGUGGAAGAUGAGUCAGUCAGGCCUUUGGAUUGGUCUGACUGACAUAAACACAGAGGGGGUGUGGAAAUGGGUGGAUGGUACAGCACUGAACACUGGGUACUGGGGUAAAGGGGAGCCUAAUAACCUUGGACAGUCAGGAAAUGAGGACUGUGUUGUCCUUGACAGACCUGACACUUGGAUUGAUGUAUCAUGUGACACCAAAACUAAAUAUAUUUGUGAGAGGAAAAUAUCAACACACAAUUAG